AUGUCGGGCGUCAGCCAGGCUUGCUGUUCGAUUCCCCCCGUCGUGUCCAAGGGAUACAAUGCCAAGGGUGAAUACAAGACCAUUGGUGGCCUGAAGACAUACGUCACGGGCCCAGAGUCGGCCACUGAUGCGAUCCUGGUCAUUUAUGACAUCUUCGGUUUCUGGCCACAGACCAUCCAGGGUGCCGACAUCCUGGCUACCUCCGACGCUCAGCGGAAGUACCGCGUGUUCAUCCCCGACUUCUUCGAGGGCAGCCCCGCCGAUAUCUCGUGGUACCCGCCCCAGACGGAGGAGCACAAGCAGAAGCUGGGCAACUUCUUCCAGACUAGGGCGCCGCCGCCACUCACGCUGGCCAAGAUCCCUGGCGUCGUGGCGGACGCGAACAAGCUUGCCCCUGGUGGCAGCUUCCAGAAAUGGGGAAUCCUGGGCUACUGCUGGGGCGCCAAAGUCGCAAACCUGACCUUGACCAAGGAUUUCAACGUCAAAUUCAAUGCCGGCGUGCAGUGUCACCCGGCCAUGCUGGACCCGAACGACGCGAAGAACGUGACGGCGCCGAUCGCGCUGCUGGCGUCCAAGGACGAGAACCCGGCCGACGUCAAGGCGUACAAGGACAACCUGCAGGUUCCCAAUCAUGUUGAGACCUUCUCGACCCAGAUCCACGGAUGGAUGGCGGCCCGGGCCAACCUGGAGGACCCGGAGGUCCGCAAGGAAUACGAGCGCGGCUACAAGACCGUGCUGAACUUUUUCCACCAGCACCUUACACUGUUCCGGUGGGGCUACGACGUACUGUACGGAGUACAUGCAUUCAAGUCGCCGCCGCGCUGUUUCAUCCCAGACAGAACAGAUAUUAUCUCAAUGUUCUUCUUAUCGUGUGACAGAGAAGCUAUGUCUCUUUUCCACCACAACAACCGACAUGAGUCGAAUCGGUCGCGGCAGCAGCCUUUGUCAAAGGAAAACUCGGCUUCGGCUGCUGCAGGACAUUCCACCACGCCUGCGGAAUCAGGAUCAGAGCGCCACAGUAAUGAAAAUGAACGACCGUCGUCGCUGUUUGGCAGAUUUCGUGGCGAAGGGAUGAAGCAUCUAAGUGCUUUGCAUGAUGAUCAAAGAGAACACGAUGUGUCGUCCACUGAAUCCGGCACAAUUCACCUGCAGAAGAAUCAUGGGAAUCAAGACCACCAUGACGCUGUGCCAGUACGACCAUCUGUCGAGCCAAAACAGCCUACUAAUAUUCCCGACGCUCUGGAACACACUCUCGAGUCGAUCAGCAAACACAGCGAUGCUGAUGGCAAAGCUGAUCACCAGGAAAAGCCUUCUCAUGGCCGGAAGACAGGUCUGACGAAGGCGGACAUAAAGUACCUGUUCUCCGGAGCACCGCACUUUAUUCUUGAAAAGGGCAGGCAUAAUCUCUGGUAUCCCCAUGCGAUUUUCCCCUGGGACCUCCACGACCCGACUGUCCAUGAUCUCUGGGAUAGGCAGCCAUUGCGCCACGAGUCGUUUACCCUGUCGACGCUGCAUGCGCAUCUCCCUGUACCCGACAAUUGGGCAUUGGGUGGGUCUUCCAAGGCCCAAAAGACAGUGGAGGACCAGAAGACUACCAGAGAUGGAGCAGCAAGACGGUCGACCUUUGAUAUCGGCGUGUUUGAGGUCCCCAACAUGCUGUCCAUCAACGGAAAGGAGCCCGGCUGUGUCGGCUUCCGUCACUUCCUUGAGAUCCCCGUGGCGGACCGGGUGCAGAAUAAGCCAUCUGUGCCCAAGCCAGCGGUUGAUCGCUCGAGGCUUGCACAGCUGCCGGCCUACGAGGCAUUCGAUAUCAUCCAGCAUCUUGGUGAUCCGUAUUCUGAAUGCAACAAGGACACGGUGCUGGACCGGCACAAGCUGAUCUGUGAAGGGCCCCCGGCAUGGAAGUGUAUCGGUGUGAGAGAGGUCCAUGUCAAAACGAUCGUCGACCGCUUAGAGGAACUGGGCAAGUUCCGGACCGAUAUCUUACGGGGAGGCAAGACCAUAACGAUCCUCGAUAAGGAGUCCCCAGACAUCCUGUACAGAAACCUGUAUACGAACUUUCUCUACCCACCACCACCGACGAAAGUCACGGGCCAUCGGGAUCUUCGGAGUCUCAAAGCCCAGAUCGAGGUCUUGACUCGGGUGCUCGCCGUGAAGGGUGCAUGGGUGGACUUCAGCCUGGUGGAAUGGCGCUUGCGAGUUGGCCAGAUUCUGUGGGAAAUGCCCCCUCACGCAGAUGGGGAUUGUGUCGAACUGAAGCAUGCCGUUUCCUCCGAAGACGACAGGAGGCGCCAGGCGCGGCUUGAGCAGGAGCUGCUCGUCCGACUGGACGCUGUUGUCCGGCUAGGCAUCUUGGAGCAUUCCAAGGAUAUGACCGUUACACCCCAUGAGGUGGAGCAUCUCGACAAGCUGCGACACGGCAAGGUCAACUGGGACCUCGUCUUUGUGCAGCGGUUCUUCGACAACUUGACUGUCAAGUACUGCCCGCCGUCCGCCCCGCCGCAAUCGCCACCAUCCAGUGGUGGUCAUCAAGGUUCGCCCCAGAAACCCAGGAGACAGAGCUUUCUUUCCCGGAUCGGAAGUUUCAGACACCAUCAUCAACACGAAGACAUUGGAUGUGCAUGGGACUGCGUCAUCUCCCCACGUCGUGCGGAGCAGCAGCUGCAAGGCUUGCUUGUCUUUGCUGACAUGAUUGGCUGGCCAGAGCGUGACAGACUGGAGGAGACGAUUCGAUCCAAGCUGCAGAUGCGUGAGAAAGCAUCAAAUUUGGAGGCAGCGAGCGCUGUAUACAGCUCGCCAAUCCGCAACGAGCGUCCGCUGAUCCUUGGGAAGAAAGAGAUGUACCGCAAGAGUCCGUCUCGUCAACUAGUGGUGCUCCAUGAGUCGGGCGGCUCGGCUGAGGCCGAUAUGCCUGCUGAUCUUGGUGGCUGGCUCUCUCGAUCCUGGCUGGCGGGCUUGGUGCUCCCCGGUGAAGCCAUCAGUCACUUCCUCAUGGCGACCAUUCUUGAGAACGACAAAAAGGCCAUGGCAAAGCUGGGACCAAUGGCGAAUCUGCAUGGCGGGUUUGCAUAUGCCGGCCGCAGCUGGUGGAGUACGAGGUGCAUUGUGGCCAGGGUCUUGACUGCUCUCGGCGGGAGCGCAGCAUGCAUGGGCUGGGCCAGGAUCGGUGUGCUCCCUCGUGAUGCUGCGAAGGGACAAGUGCUGGAGAACACCUGGUUCGAGGUCGACGUGAAGAGCGUGCCGUCGUCGCCGACGACGAAAAAGCCGCGCAUCCAUCAGGGGACCAGAGUCGCCUUGGAGUCGAAUCCGCUGGGAAGGGGGGAAGUGUCCGCCAACACGUUCUCCAUCCCGGUAGACAUUCCACCAUCCUCAUCAGAUAAUAAGGAGGAAAUUGCAUUUCGUGAGCUGACGCUGUCGCUGUCUACCGUCGACGAGCGUCCGCCGCUUGUCAAAGGUAUUACGGCUGCCAGGGAAGCAUCCGUCUCGUUCGAUCUGAGUACGACUGACGGAGAGAUUACUUCUACGACGAUUACAUUCCCACUGAGGUACGACGUGCACUUUAUUUCGUCGUACACCUGCCGUCCACCGCGCGGAUACGUGGCGCGCAAUGGGUCAUCCGACCAGGAGCAGCAUGACCAUGACCAUCACCAUCACCAUCCUCAUCUCCCAGGCCAUCCACUCCACAAUUCAUACACUUACAAAUACGUCCCGUUGACAUCUCUGCGUCCUGACAUGCCAGCACCGUUGUCAUCUACCUCCGAACACGAAAAAGAACACCAUCACUCUGAAGAUAAUGACCCUGCACACGCUUACUCUCAUCAUCACAAUCACAAUGAUAAUAAUGACAACACCCGCCCACAAGAACAAGAACCAGUCUGGAUCCUCGACGCCCGCGGCAGUCGCGACAAGGAGGCCUUUGCGCGGGCCUGGUGCGCAUCAGCCGGGACGAGUGCCAUCAUCGGCCGCGUGGGACGGACCUGUCUGGCAUGCUGUAUCAGGGAGGCGCGAGCGGUGGAUGUGGGAGUCGUUAUUCGCGUGGACUAG